AAUAGAAUAGUUUCAAGAAAACUGCCAACGCCAAGUUUGCCAACGCAUGAGUCUUGUUUGGUAUAGUUUUCAAACAUGUCGUUUUCAGAUUUAUAUGCUAAAUAUAAUUGUAUAUAUUGUCAAGAAGAAAUAAAUGGAGUGCGUGUGAGAUGUGCCGAAUGCAAAGAUUUCGAUAUUUGUAUGCAGUGUUUUGCACUUGGUGCUGAAAUAGGCUCACACAAAAAUGAUCAUUCCUAUCAAUUUAUGGACUCAGGAGCAGUUGGAAUAUUCUUAGGUCGAAACAGUUGGUCUGCCAACGAGGAAGUAAGACUUUUAGAUGCUAUAGAACAAUUCGGUUUUGGGAACUGGGAGGAUAUAGCAAAACACAUAGAAACAAGAACACCUGAAGAGGCCAAAGAUGAAUAUAUUGCAAGAUACUUAGAGGGGAGCAUAGGACGUGCGACAUGGGGUAACGUUGAGAGCACCAGUCGUCCGUCUCUGAACUGCGCUGACAAAGAUGAAGGACCACUAAGUCCAAGUGCAGUGUCGAGACUCCCACCGCUGGCCAUAACGCCAGACGAAGCUGCACAACUCGGUUACAUGAGUAAUAGAGAUGAUUUUGAAAGGGAGCAUGAUCAUGAAGCAGAACAACUGAUAUCCACCCUUGAAAUCAAUCCAGAGGAUGAUGAAUUGGAUGUUGCCCUGAAGCUUUCUCAAGUAGAUAUUUAUACAAGAAGGUUGCGAGAAAGAACAAGACGAAAAAGGCUCGUCAGAGAUUAUCAACUAGUUUCAGUAUUCUUCAACAACCAGAGGAACAAACAGAAACCUCUGGGGAAACUUGCCAAAGAGAAAAAGGAGUUCGCGGAGCGCCUGCGCUGGACGGCGCAGUUCUACGGGCGCGCGGAGCAGGCGAGCGUGGCGGGCACGCUGUGGCGCGAGCGCGAGCUGCGCCUGCGCCUGGCCGAGCUGCACCGCUACCGCCUCGCCGGCGUCACGCGCCUGGAGGAGUGCGCGCACUACGAGCAGCACGCCGCGCACCGCAAGCAGCCGCCGGCCGACGGGCGGCGCGGCAGCAGUGGGUGCCCGGACACGCCGACAAAAGAACAACCGCAGAACAGCAUGCUGCAGCUAAGAAAAAGAGACGCAGAAAGCGGCUCAAGUUCCACCACCCCAAAGUGCACACGGGACGCAAAUACCGCAUGUGGAUGUUGCAAAAAGAGCUCCUGCAGCGGCGCCUGCUCGACACAUCUGCUGACCUCUAACGAGAUACAGCUGUGCACCGCAUUAAACCUGCCACCGACUCAGUAUGUGACCAUAAAAGGCGUGCUGCUCCGGCGGGCGCCGGCGCACGACUGCGAGGUGGACCUCGCCGUCAGCCGCUACUUGCACACCGCCGGCUGGGUGCGCAACUAG